AGUUCUACCUGCGUUCACGAUUGCCGUGAGUUUCGACCGUCGUCGAGUUUUUCUUUCGAAGUGCCAGCGUUUUCAGAGGUGUGAGAGAGGCCUGCAGACUACAGCGCAGCCAUGGGAGAAAUAUGGCGGAGCCAGCCGAUGCAGUUGGUGCAGAUGUUUAUAAACAUCGAGGCGGCGCACGAGACGGUGGACAGUCUCGGCCGGCUGGGGCUGAUCGAGUUCAAGGACUUGAAUCCGAAGAUGAGCGCGUUUCAGAGGAACUUCUUUUCGGAGGUGAAGCGCAUAGAAGAGAUGGAGAGAAAGCUGAGGUACUUCAGAGGGCAAAUGGACGUCUAUAACCGCAUCGCCGAGGAGGAAGGGAAGAAGAAGGUGAAUAUUCUAGAGGCGCCCGAGAAGCUCCCGGAGUACAAGUGGGAGGAUCUGGAGCUGAAGUUCGACGAGAUGGAGCGGGAGUUGAAGGAGAUGAUGGGGAAUCUGGAGCUGCUGAUACUGAGGAGGGACGAGUUGCUCGACUGUUGCUACGCGUUGUCCAACGAGGAGACUUUUUUCAGCGGAGAGAGGUCGAUGGUGGAGGAGGCGAGGUCCAGCGAGAACAGUCAGACGAGCAGCGAGGCGAGGGUGCCGCUGUUUUCGUCCGACAGGGAGGACAGGGGCCAGGGGGUGAGGCUGGGGUUUUUGGUGGGGGUGAUGGACAGCAAGACGAGCAUGUUGUUUGAGAGGAUAAUGUUCCGCAUGACGAGGGGGAACUUGUACAUGAAGAUGGCGGAACCGCUGGAGGGGAAGGGGGAGAAGAGGGUCGCGUUCGUGGUGUUUUUCCAGGGGGUCGCGUUGGAGAACAAGGUGAAAAAGAUAUGUGAGAUUUUCGGAAUAAGGAUAGUCAUGAACACGCAGACGGCCGGCGAGAGGACCAAGAUGCACGAACAGGCGAACAGGAGGUUGGAGGAGACGACGAUGGUGUUGUGCAAGUCGAUGGAUCACUGCGCUUUGGUCAUGAAAGAGUUGAUGACAAACUUGUCGAUGUGGUUGCUGAUAGUGAGAAGAGAGAAGGCAAUUUACCACACGAUGAACAUGUUCAGCUACGACCUGGGACACAAGUGCUUGAUCGCCGAGGGAUGGGUUCCACUGUAUGCGAUGGACGAGGUCAUGGUGGCGCUUCGCCGAGCAAGAGACCUAUCCGGAUCGACGGUUCCGUCCAUUUUGACUCCGAUAUCUACCUACGAGGAGCCCCCGACCCACUUCCCGACGAGGCCCUUCACCGCCGCGUUCCAAAACGUGGUCGACACCUACGGAAUCGCGCACUACCGCGAAAUCAACCCCACGGUCUUUACCAUCAUCACCUUCCCAUUCAUGUUCGGCAUGAUGUUCGGGGACGUCGGACACGGACUUCUCAUCCUUUUGUUCGCCCUGUGGCUCAUCUACAAGGGCAAGGAGUACUCCAAAGGCAACACCCAGGAAUUCAUAUCCAUGGCCUUCUACGGCCGCUACAUGAUCCUUCUAAUGGGCAUCUUCUCAAUCUACUGCGGACUCCUGUACAACGAAGUUUUUUCCGUACCCAUUCGCUGGCUGCCCACCAACUGGAAGCGAGACAGCAGCGGCGCGAUGGUGCCCGCGCUGCUGUCGCGCACCUACGAACUCGGCGUCGACUGGUCCUGGAAAAACAACCAAAACGAACUCAUCUUCUACAACUCCGUCAAAAUGAAAAUGGCCAUCAUCAUAGGCGUCGUGCACAUGCUUCUCGGACUCACCCUCAAAGCCAUCAACAACGUCCAUUUCAGACAAUGGAUAGACCUCGCCUUCGAAUGCAUCCCCCAAAUCCUCUUCUUGUCAUCCAUGUUCGGCUAUCUGUCCGCCCUCAUCAUCGUCAAGUGGCUCUACCCCUUCUAUGCGAACGAACUGUACAACAAGGGCUCCGGCGGCACCGUCUACCUUCCCACUCGCGAAGACGCCCCGUUCCUACUCAACGUCAUCACCUAUAUGUUCCUGUCUCCCGGUCAACCCCCUCCCGCUCAAAACCCAGCCGGACCCCUCGGUGCCACCUGGGAACUCUACCGAGGACAAGCCACUGUCCAACUCGUCCUUCUUAUCAUCAUGGUCAUAUGCAUACCCGUCAUGCUCCUGUGCAAGCCUCUCGCCCUCCGCUACCAACAUUCGCACACCUACAAGAAGCUCUACCCAGAAAGCUCUCCAGAAGACCCGGACCCGUCAGACGAAUGCUCCACUCACCCCAUUCAACAACCACAAUUCGACUUCGCCGACGAACUCAUCCACCAAGCCAUAGAAACCAUCGAGUUCACUCUCAGCACUCUCGCCAACACCGCAUCCUACCUCCGACUUUGGGCCCUGUCUCUCGCCCACUCUCAACUCUCCUCCGUCUUCUGGAACAUGGGACUCGUCCAACUCAUCCUGGCCCUGCUACCCUUCCCCGUCACGUUCCUCCUGUGGAUGCUGUUCUGUCUGAUGACCAUCGGCAUCCUCAUCGUCCUAGAGGGCAUCUCCUCCUUCCUUCACUCCAUGCGUCUCCACUGGGUAGAAUUCCAAAACAAGUUCUAUAAGGGCGACGGACACCCCUUCGUCCCCCUUUCCUUCGACGCACUCUCCCCCUCCUUCGACGAGGUCCCCUCCUCGUAAACCCAACCAGCCCCCUCAUGCCCCUCUCUGAAUAAACCGCGCGCGUGCCGCCUGUCUCGCACCCGCGCCACUUUGUAACUCAA